AUGGAGGAAAUUCAACUGCAAGAACUCGAAAGCUCUACUACUUCCUCUAAUGGUCGUAGCAAUAUUUUCACCUGUGAAAUCUGUGUGGAAAUAGUUCCAGUGGACAGGCAAUUCAAGAGCAUGGAGAUGAGUAGAUGCUUGCAUCCGUAUUGUACUGCAACAUCAUGCUGGACGUUUCCUUAUGCCAAUCUGCUCUCCCUAAUGGAGUCUUCGAAAAGUGGUGCCGUGUUCUUGCCUCAACGAAUAGUAAUAGUACCUCCAACAAAAUUACUAAAUCAAACUGUCCCAAUUGCAAAAAGCUCUUCUGUUUCGGAAAAUCAUCAAUGUAGAAGACAUGAAAGUAUAAUUGAUAUUGAUAGUAACGAUGUUUUGUUCAUGGAGAUGGUUAAGGACAAGAGAUUGGUGCGAUGUCCAAAUUGCUUCCGAUAUGUUGAGCGUAACGGGGGUUGUUCUUCCGUCAAAUGCAGUAUAAAAAAGGGCCCUUUAUGGGAAACGUGA